AUGGUUAAGCUAACUAUAGUUGGAAGGGCAAGCGAUGGAUUACCUCUAGCACAAGGACUAAGAUAUGUGAAUGAAGAAAAUUCCCAUCUUUCAUUUUACAAGCAACAAGCUGAGCUUAUACUCCAAGAAAUUUCAAAAGGAGCUUUAUCACAUUCCAUGAUGACCAUUCUCAUUGACCAUUACUGCUUCAAUUUCUUGGUAGAAAAUGGAGUUGUUUACAUUGUUUUGUGUGAGUUCCCAUACCCAAGAAAACUAGCAUUUCUUUACUUACAAGACAUACAAAAAGAGUUUGACAAGUUUGAUAAAACCCUAAUAGGAAAAAUCACAAGAUCAUACAGCUUUGUCAAACUAGAUGGUAUAAUUGCAAAGUUUAGUAGACAAUACAUUGAUACAAGAACUCAGGCUAACUUAUCAAAACUUAAUCUCAAAAGGAAACAAGAUUUAGAAAUUGUUACAGAAGAAAUGUCUAACAUUUUAGAAAGGAGGAGAAAUUCAGAAACAAUAAGAAGGUUACAAGUUACACCUGAACCUGCAUCCUCAAUAUGGUGUUCUCCAAGCCUUGAGGUGAUUGCUAUGAAAUGGACACCAAUUAUGAUCAUGGUGAUUACUUCUAUUGCUCUACUAUGGGCUAGCUUAGUCCUCACAAACGACUAUGUUAUUUGA